GGAGGGCAUAGCACAAGCUGUACCUGUCCUGGAGGAUAACUGCGAUCAGUAAAAAGAAGCCAAAAAUGUAAUAUAUGCAUUUAAUCAGUUAUUUAUGAGAAUGGAGGACGAUUUGGUGUCUGAAGAUGAUAUCUUGCUUCGGUCUGAGAAGGAGUUUCACGAUGCAGCGAAAAGAAACGAUACAGACAGAAUGCUGGAGCUGAUGAAGAAAGGAGUGAACAUCAAGGCCAAAAAUAAACUAGACCGGAAGGCCCUUCACUGGGCAGCAGGGGCAGGAAAUGAGCAGGCGCUACGGCUGCUCCUGGAAAACGACACAGAGGUGGACGAUGUUGACAGUUUUGGAAUGAACGCUCUGCUGCUGUCUUCCUGGUUUGGGCAUCUAAAGGUUCUGCAGAUUCUGGUGGCCUCCGGUGCAAAGCUUAACUGUGAAAAUAAAAAUGGCUUGAAUCUGCUUCAUUGUGCUGCCCAGCGGGGUCACAUUCGUGUGCUGGAGUUCAUCAUGGAGGACCUGGAGGACAUGAGACUGGACAGAGUGGAUAAGUCUGGAAAGACAGCGUUCCAUCUGGCUGCAGAGCAUGGACAGCUGGAGGUGGCUGACUUCCUUAUUGGGAUGGGCUGUGCACACAGCAUCAAGGACAAGGAGGAGAACACCGCUCAGCACUUAGCUGCUAAACAGGGCCAUGCAGAGGUGCUUCAGAAGGUCAUAGAGACCGGUGAGGACAUCGAUGAUAAAAACAUUGAUGGUCUGACUGCCCUGCAUCUUGCUGUGACUGGGGGACACUAUGAGUGUGUCAGACUUCUACUGGAGGCUGGUUGCAAUGUCAACGCACUGACCAAUCGGGAUGUGAAUGCUCUGUACUACGCUGCUCAACAUGGCUUCCCUCGAGAGGCUCAGCUGCUGCUGGAGGCAGGGAGUCACACAAACACAGUGGACAACGUCCAACACACUAGUCCUCUUCAUCUGUCCGUCCUCGACAACCACCCUGAGAUUGUGAAGCUGCUCAUUGAUGCUGAAUGUGAACUUGACAUUCCUGAUAAUAGGCUCCAGACACCACUGCACAUUGCUGCUGAGCAUGGCAGGCAGGGCAUCGCUGAGAUGAUCCUCCUUGCUGGAGUCAAUCUCAAACUGCCUGACAAGCAAGGGAAGAGCUCUCUGGAUGUGGCGGCCAGGGCGAACCAUGUGAACCUGGUGGACAUGAUCAUCAAAGCAGACCGCUUCUACAAGUGGGAGAAGGACCACCUGAACCCAGAAUCUGACCCGCUGGCGGGCCGCGCGCUGACCUUCAGGCAGGACCACCAGCCGGACACCCAGCACAUCCGCUCAGUGGCGUGGAGGCUGGCCACCAAGUACCUGGGCCCAGGGGAGUGGAAGCUCCUGGCCGAGCUGUGGGGCUUCACAGAUGCACACAUAAGGGCCAUCGAGCAGCAGUGGACAGGCAAUAAGAGCUAUAAGGAGCACGGCCACAGGAUGCUGCUGAUUUGGCUCCAUGGGGUGCUGAUGGCCAGGGAGAACCCCAUCAAGGGCCUCUACGAGGGGCUGGUAGCCAUCGACAGGCUGGACCUCGCAGAAAAUGUACGACAGAAGGCCAACGCAGACCCAGACACGCCGAAAAAAUGCAACGCAAUGUGAAGCACUGCUGGGAACACUUACAUUUUUUUUUUUUAAACGAACAUAGCAACAUCUUCACGUCUAGCACAAUCAUUACGCUGAGUAAAAAUGAGCACUGACAAAAUCAGGUGAUGAUAUUUUAUUUACUCUGAAUGUUAUUAAGGUUGGAUUUGCUCAGCCCACAGUUUUGCCUCCAAGGUAACCAGGUGUAG